AGUAGGCCUAUUUUUUUUAGGGAAUGAAAAAAAAAAAAUGACUGCGGCCCACUGCGGGUUCAGCAUAGUCUUCUAAACAAUUUGUUCAUGUAUCUUCAUCUUUUCAUAGAUCUAAUAAACCCUUACAGAUACUUCUGCGAUCAAAAUGUUGUGUGCAAAAAGACAAAAGGUUCCUCACUUUGAAUAUAAAAAGAGCUCUCUGAAAUGCGCUUCUUAAUUUAUUUGAUUCUGUUUUACAAAUUGAACGUUGGGAUUUUCUUAGCAGAUAUUCAUGCAUGUCCAGAGAGUAACUCUUCUUCCUUUGGUUCUGAUAACAUAUUUGUACGUAAAGGAGAUCCAUUAAAGCUUUGCUGCAGUCUGACCGUUGAUGAAUGUAAUAAGACCAAUACUAGUGACCCUUUGAUAUUAAAACCUAAAAGGGCAAGAGAGAAUCAUCAGACUCCAUCAGUCAGUAAUGUUCAACUUGAUCCUUGCAAUGCAGUAUUUGAAACGAACAGCUCCGACUUUUCUGAUGGUGGCACUUACAUCUGUUACAAAAAUAGUUUGAGAUAUCCCCCACUUAUGAGAGCGAAUGUUUUCGUCUUAGCUUCACCCUCUAAACCUAAAGACAUAAGUGUCAAGUAUUUUGAGCGGAACUCAUCAUUAACCAUUCACUUUAAUCCAGGACGGCCAUCUAAACAUUGGCUGGAGGAUGGCUUUGAAGUGAAAUUACAGAACAAAAUUUUUUCCAGUUUGAUAUGUUUAGACCCAUGCAAAUCAAACAGAAGUGUAUCAAAUUUCUGUACAUGCGAUUAUAAACUGCAUGAGGAAGUACUGCAGUUGAGCCAGAAUGUAACUGUCAGUGUGUUCAGGCCAUCGCUGGAUUUGAAAAUCACUUCUUCACAGAGCAGAAUAAGCUUUUAUCCUUAUGAGCAUGUGUGUCCCAAUCCAGUCAGUCAUCUGUCUUUUGCAAAUGUCAGUUCGUCCGAUGCAACCAUCUUGUUCCAGCCAUCUGAGAUCACGAAAAGAAAUAUCAGAAAAAUGGAUUAUCAUAAACAACCACUUGGUUUCAAAAUCCUCCUGAAUAAUUCUGAAGAGUUGAAAAGAAGAUUCUCUCUUAAGCUGGAGUUUAAGAAGACAGUGUAUAAAUUCUCAGAUAGGAUCAAUCAAAAUGUAGCCGUCAUCUUCCAAGAUCUUUCCCCUUAUACGAAGUACACAGCAUCCGUUUUCAGCUUUGCUGGAGGAGGAGAAAGUGAAUCUCAAGUUGUCCACUUCACUACCAACGCUUCUGUUCCACUGCUGCCUCCAGAGAUACACAGUUUUAGUUUUUCCAGAACACCAUUUCCUACUGGUGAUGACAACUGUCUUUAUGUUUCAUGGAAACCUCUCGCAGAAGAACUCCAGGGGGAAGAAAAUCUACGAUACCUAUAUCAAAUUAUUCCUGCUGAAUCUGUGUCACAUAAAAGGUUUUUUCCUGAGAAUUCAUCUGUGAAUUACAUCAAUGUGCGUCUAUCAAAUGACUCUCACAUUGUCAGAAUUUGGUCAGAGAACAAAGUAGGACGCUCUGAUAAUUAUUCAGAAAUUAUCAUCCCAGAAUAUCAGGAAGACUUUGUCAAUUUUUAUGUAGACCUUGAAAAGGAUAUAGCUACUGUCUAUGUUUUUCUGUCUGAAAACUAUCAAGCUAAAGCAUUAGCCGUCCACUGGUGUGUUAGCCAGAAAAGUGAGCUCUGUAAGACACAAGAUAUAUGUAAAGGCUUGCUGCGUACUCCACAUAUUACAAAUCUGAAUGGUGAAAAAGUUCUUACUUUCAAAGUCUCUCUGAAAGCCAGUUGCAAGAAGCUGAACUACAGCAAAGUAAAAAGUGUCCCCUAUAAAGACUUUGAACAUGAGGGUGAUGACACGAGUGAAACAAGACUAGCUCUGGCUCAGAUAGUCACUUCAGAAUAUAGAUAUUCUUAUUCAGACAUUCAGGAAGAAGUUUUUGAACCGUGUCAGGGAAAUGAAGCAGAGGCAGAAGAAAAAGACAUGGGGGUUCCGAAGUCUUUCUUUGUCUCCCUGAAACAAAAUGACAGAUGGAUGGGUAUGACGCCCGCUUCCUGUUACUAUCAUACAACAGCUAAAACAGUGGACAUAAAAGUCACUCAGUCCUAUAAUAAAGACAGGAAGACAGUCUUAACCAUUGAACAGAGGUGUGAUACACAAUCAGAUUCUUUAACGUCACAACAAUUUUUGAUUAAAAAGUUUGAGAUUUACCAUCCUGUCAACAGCAGCUGUGCAUCAAAAGGAAAACUUUUGAUGCAGAUUAAAAAUAAUUUCUUGGUUUCUGCUACUUAUGAGCCUCCGUCUGGUUUGCUUCAAGUGUGUAUUGUGGCCAUCGGAAAUUACACCCAGUACUCAAUACUGUAUGAUAUUGAAAUUGAUGAGGUUAUAAGUGAGACAGAUAUUUCUAUGGUCAUUGGUGUUGUGGUGUCUGUGGUAGUUCUGGUGUUUCUAGCAAUACCAUGUUCGAUAUACUAUAGGAAAUGCAGGAGAAGUAGACGUCGUUUUUCAGAUUUCAAAGAAUUACGUGCUUGUGAGGAUACUUUGGGUAAUACUCACAGUUCAGAGUUAAAACCUCUUUCGGAGCCCAACUACUCCAAGAAGGACAGUGACUCGGACUCUGGAAGAAGUAGUUGUGAUGAACCCCUGGAACCAUGCAUCGCUGAUAAACAAAGUUCUGAAAAACCUGAAUGCGGAGACUCUGGCCUUUCACAGUUAGAUUUUGUAGGGAAACAUGACAACAAAUCAGAGCGUUAUUCCCAUCAUGAUUCAACAGACAGCGGCAGCAAUGGGAACAACACUAAAAAUAAAUCUGAAAGAAUGAGUUUUGGUGUAGACUCAGGCCGCAUAAGCAGCGUUGAAGAAAGUGACAAUCUAUCUUCCGGAAGCUCAAGUGAAGGAAACAGCACCUCAGCAAGUUCAGAAACAAGCCUGACAUCUGACAACGGUAGCAAUGAAAACAUGGAAGACAGCAGCUCCUCUUCAAGAGACCCACUUAAUGAAGGGAGUAAUUAUGCCCCAGGAAAUUUUUCCUUUCACCCUCCAUCUUGUUAGAUAAACUGAAGAACAUCAAAUGAAGCAUUUUAUAUGUAUAGUUCAAACAAUAAUCAAAAUUUUAUCACUUUGAAUACCUUCUUAUCAUACUGGAAAACUUAAUUAGAAAUAUUUGUAAGUUUUUUAUCAAAUUUUGUAUUGCCAUCAACAUUUUAAAUCACUUUUUCAUGUUCCAAAAAUUGUUAAAUUUCUCAGAGUUCCACAGUGUAGCACACAUUUUAAUUAGGGUUGAAAGCUAUACCAGAUGACAUUGUGAUCAGUUUAUUCAAUUGAAAUUCUGUUUUUUUUAUAAUUUAGAGAAAAAAAUUUUUUCCAUAAAUAUCUGUAUUGAAUAUAUUUUUAACAUUGAUAAUGAAGAAACCGCUUGGACCCGAAGCCAAAAUGUAGUAAUUAUUUGUUCCUAUAGAUAAUAAUUAUUUAAUUUUUAAUUGCUGUUAACAAACAGGUUAUACAAGCAACCUUGAAGAAAUGGACAAUAUAUUUCCAAAAUUGAUAAUAUUAUAUAAGUUAAAAAGGUCAUUUUAAUUCUUUGUUUCUCAAACUUUUACGGUUAACAUUAAGAGUUCCUCUGUAUUCACCCUACUCAAUAUUCUGUAGAGAUGAAAACAAGAGCUGGUUUGCUCAUAUUGUAAGACGUAACUCACUGUGAAAAGUCAUCCUUCAAGGCACAGUGGAGGAACCAUAAAAAAGAGUUGUCCAAAGAAAAGCUGGCUAAACCACGUAAAACAAUGUCUGAAGCAAAGCGUAUUCCUGCAUUUUGAGAUUCAAAAAAUGUAUUCUUCUAUUGUCUGCAGCACAUUAUUUGUCCUCAUGAGAUAUGAAAACUAAGGACUGGGAUAGACUUUACUAAGUAUGAUAGAAAAUCAAUACAGUUGAGCAGGUAUAUUUGUAAAAGGCUGGAUUAUUGUAAGAUUGCACUCAGCAAGUCAUUACAAUGCCUCUAUUUAAGUCAGAACUUCGUGGAAGGUGAAGGGUAACACAUGGACGCUGAUCUCAGAAACGGAUCUAAGGAUUUUUCUAGAAAUUUAACAGUUGAUGCCUACCAUAUUGCUGAGAGAAGUAUUACUAGCUUGUUGGCCAAAAGGGGAAAACUCUAUCUUGACAGUUAUAAUUUUUCAAGUAAAAAAAAGAAAUGAAUUUAAAUUUGUCUAGAGAACUGGAUCUAGGUCUAGAACCAUUAUCAGGUUUGAAAGGACUAAUGUACUUAAGAAUUUCUGAAUGUAAGGCAGCAUUGAUUCCAUUGUUUUUUUCUUUUUAUGUCACAUUUACAUAAUAUUAUUAAGAGAAAAAUAAUGACACUAUAAGUUGUAUAAAGGAGGUAUUGCCUUUUUAAAAAAGUAUUUUUAUGUGUUUCUUGUUUUGUAGUGAGCCUAUAAUGUUCUUUGAUUGAAAUUUUUAAAUUAAUCUAUUUGCAAAGCCUUUGCAAAGGCAAUAUAAAAUGUUCUACUUACAAGAUAAAAUGUCACUUAUUUUAAUUAUUAACUUUUGCUUACAUUGGAAAUAAUGAUGUUAAUCUUAAUAGAUAUAUGUAUAUCUAGAUAUACUUAAGGUAGAGGCAAUUAGCUAUUUAAACUAGAAUUUAUAAUUUACUUCAAAUACAAGAAUUUUUUUUGUCCUGGAAAAGAAAUGCCUGUCUUUGUACUCACCUUUUGAACCAUUUUCUUUUCCAUUAAUAAUUAUAUGAAUAAGUCUGAAAGAUCUAAUCCUGAAUAUUUGAUGUUAUUAUGUGUGCAAUGCAUAAUAUAUAAGCUUUCAUCUUGUUUCUACUAACACACUUAUUACAUAACAAUUUGUGUAAAAACUAAUUUUCAUUUUUAAGCUGCUGUUGCAUUUCUUGCCACAAUGUUGUUGUUUUUUUUUUUUUCCUUUUUUUUUUCUGCACUUCUAAACUCUCUAUUACAGGAUUCGCAGUAUUUUAGUAGUGAGGAAUGGAUUAGCUGGCAAAUCAGGGUAAAAGUAAAUGUAACUGUACAUUGUUCCAGGGAAAAGUUAUGUGACCGUACAUUGUUCAUUAGGAAGUAAUUGUAACCAUACAUUGGUCAGGGUAAAAGUAAUUGUAACCAUACAUUGGUCAGGGGAAAAGUAAAUGUAACCAUACAUUGUUCAGUAAAGUAAAUGUAAUCAUACAUUGUUCAGGGAAAAAGUAAAUGUAACCAUACAUUGUUCAGUACAGUAAAUGUAAUCAUACAUUUUUCAGGGAAAAAGUAAAUGUAACCAUACAUUGUUCAGGGGAAAAGUAAAUGUAACCGUACAUUGUUCACGGGAAAAGUAAAUGUAACCGUACAUUGUUCAGGGGAAAAGUAAAUGUAAUCAUACAUUGUUCAGGGGGAAAGUAAAUGUAACCAUACUUUGUAUUUGUAUUUUGAGUAUUUUGCACAUCAGCACAAUUUAGGCCAUGUUGUGCCCAUAAUCCCACAAGAGUUACUCUCCCUUCAUAUCACAAGAGCUAAAUUUUAUUACAGUUAAGUCAUUAAAAACAAGGUAAAAACAAGAUAGUAAAAAUUUAUUAAUUGAAUAAAAAUCUGUUGUAAAUAUUAAAUGUUUACAAUUUCUUUGCCCUAUCACAAUUGAAACCUUCAGAGACAACCCAACCUCCCGGACAAAGCUCUGUACGAUACAUUGAUCAGGGGAAAGUAAAUGUAACUGUACAUUGUUCAGGGGGAAAGUAAACGCAAUUGUACAUUUAUCAGGGGGAAAGUAAAUGUAACUGUACAUUGUUCAGGGGAAAAGUAAAUGUAAAUUAGCCAUUUUACACCUUGUGCUCUAUAGUGAUGUGAAAAUCAUGUGUUUCUUUGGCUGUUUACAAUGGUACCAUAUGGUCAACUAUCCAUUAGAGUGGGUGGAUUCAGGGUCAUCCUAAAGAUCCAGAAAUUCAAAAUCUCAGUUUGCACUUAGGUUUGCUUUACCACUCAGCCACCACAUCUCAUAGGUCAGGUUAACCUAAGCUCAAUAAGCACAAAGAUAUGACCUGUGAAACCUUAAAAUGAGAAAUACAGUGUCACAGUAAUACAAUCAGUUUAACUACUGCUUCGUAAACCCUCAGUUAAAACAUUUUGGAACCUAGGUUAUUUUGAAUUGACUUAACCCCUUUUUUUUGUAUGAUCUGCUGGAAAAGGAUACUCAAUUUUUUUAAAUUUUUUUUUGUUGACAAUGUCUCAAAGCUCUUUGGCAAGAAUUUGUUGAGAUUAUCAUUUAAUUUUUUUACUUUAGUAAUCUUUCAACUUUGAUGUUCUAAAAACAAAUAUUAGUUUCAAUCAUUAUUUGAGACCCCGUGCAAGUCAAAGCUUUAAUGUAUCCCAUCAAUUAUUUGAAAUAUUUUGUUCUCUUUUAAGGUUUUGCUUAACUUGUUUAUUUUUUGUUGAUAAAAUUGUUCAUGUUAAUAUUUAUGAACAUCUGUACUAUUAUAUACAUAUAAUCAUUGCAAAGCCAAACUAAUGCAAGCCUAUUUAGUAGCUAUAGGGAAUAAUUGUUUUAAAGUUGGAUUUAAUAAAAAUAACGAGCAAAUACUCAAAUACAUCCCUCAACCAGAAAGAAAACAAAAGGGAAGAUUUUUAUUUUUUUUUUUAAUUAUUAUUUCUAUUUGGUUGUAUUUUUCCAAUAUUUUAGAUAACCAUUUUACAUUUUUUUUCCUUCAAAAGAAAACAAAUCAUAAUGAAUUGAAAUCGAAUCAGUCACGUCACCAGUCCCUACGCAGCUGUACAUCUAGCAAGAUCGUCAAGAAUGUCAUGAGUUUUUAAAAUGUAUUUAAAAAUUUUAACAGCCUCAAGUCCAAAUACAAGUACCAGAAGGCAUGUAACAUUGAAAGAAACCAGUAAUCAAAUUUAAAAUAAACCAACUGGAUGUGGCCUUUUUUUAGUCAGUAAAAGCAUAACUACUACAAUUAUUUGCUUUAACAAUUCCAAUCACAAGAAUGCAAACACAUUAUUUGAUAAAAUCCAAAGAAUCAUUAUUUUAAAUACCUUGAAAUAGAGCACACAUGGCCUGUUAUCCAUUAAAUACACAAACAAAUUGCAUUCCUUUUUUUGAUUGUUUCUGUUAUAUUUAACUCGAUGUUUUUACAUGUGUUUAUACCUUACUGUAUAUAAUGUACCAUUACUUUAUUGUUUAUGGAAUAGUAAAAAAUCAUUGAAAACACAUACAUUAAAAUGUAAAAUAUACAGUUUUUUAAUGUCUAGGUCAAGAAUAAAAAUCUCUACAACAAAUGUUUACAAAGGGGCAGUAGAUCACAAAUCCUUUGUAUAAUAACUUAUCAAGAAGCUGGCCUGUGAUUUAAAAUUUCAAACUCCUUAUCAGUUGUCCUCAUAAACUUGUCUCUGCACAAAUUAAGCUCACUAUCAAGCUAAAAAAAAAAAAUGAGGAACGACAUCCUAAAAAUUUCAACAAACAAGCUGGGAGUUAUAAAAAAAAACCAGUACAGGAAGAGUAGUGUGGAGCCAUUGCUUUUUUUGUUCUUUAGCAACCUUUGACUUGAGUCAUGGAAACUGUUGCACAUUCCAUUUUUUUUUAAAAAUGAAACGAAUAUUGUUAUUGUUGGUGUUAUUUGUUAAUUAUAUUUAUUUAUAAAACUAAUUUGAAUCAAAAUUGUAAAAAUAUUUUGUUAUUGUUAUACGCCUUUACUGUUUUCAUUAGCAAGUGUCUUUGUUAACUUCAUCUAACUUGUCCAAACAUUUUCCAUCUUCUGUACACUUUUGUAACUUUCCUCAAUAUUUUUUUCCAUUUUAGAUGUUAUUAAUGUUAUUACAAUCUCCUGAUCUACAUACUAAUAUGUAGAUUAUUUAUGUAACUUAUGUACACUAUAAUAUCUACGUACUUGAUAAAAAUAUAUUUGUGAUAUAAUGGUUUUUCUGAACAGAAUUUAACUACUGAUCUUGAAAACAAUAUGGCACAUCCAAUUCAAAGACUGCUGUUUAAUCACUCUGAGGUCCCAUGCAACACUACACAAUUCUCACUGUAGGACUAAACUAGAAAAUGGAGGAUUUUUACCACGUCUUUUGCAGCUUUCACAGUGGACAGGAUAGUUCACAUUCUACAAAACUUAUAUAUCAACUCACUCUGUCUGUCUGGUCAAAAGUUUGAACGCAUUGUUACUCCCACACCCAUUCUCUGAUCAAGCUAAAAUUUUGCACAAUUAGUUCUUGUACCUGGCAAAACAAGAAAAAAAUAAAUUAACCAAUUAGUUAAUUAACUAUUAGAAAUUAAUUUUGUUUGGUUUGGAACAAGGGAUAAAAACUUUGUUCUUGGCAGACAUUGUGGUAAUGAGAUGAAUUAGUCCCCCUGAAGGAGGCUUAAACACUCGAGUUCGAAUUCAAGUCAUACAACUAUUUUUUUAAUGCAUUUAAAGCCCUAUCAUGGUAACAUUCACCUACAUACCCACUUCUUUCCUCCCCCCCCCCUUUCCCAACUGGUCCAGACAAGUGAUAGGAUCAUAGCCCAGUGAGAGCGGUUAAGAGGAUGAAAUAGCACUAAACAAAAACAAUUUGUCAAAAUGUUUCUAAUCGCGCAGAUUUAUUAUUGUUUGUCUAGGUCUAUUACAAAUUGAAUUACAUGACUUAUCCAAACUAUUUGAUACAACUACACUUAAUAGCUCUUUUUUUUUUUAUAACUACUUGUGAUUAGUUUAUUUCUUUUGGUCACAUUACUUAGAAACCAACUAGAUUGAAGACAUAAAUUUAAUUAAAGGUAGGCCACCAACUCCAAAGAGCUGUACAAAGACUGUAGAGUUCAGUUGCAGCACACAGCUAGUUCAAAGUCUCAUGUGCCCAUUCUUCACUUAUACUGCCACAUGUUAACUGUCCAUGAACAAAAAUGUGAUGUGCAAUGGAGCUUAGCCUUACAUCAUUCCAUCACUCAACAAAAACCUGACACAUUCCAUCACUCAACAAAAACCUGACAUCAUUCCAUCACUCAACAAAAACCUGACAUCAUUCCAUCACUCAACAAAAACCUGACAGUAUUCAGACCUAAACCUUUCCAUCAUUCAACAAAAAAUCUGAAAUCAUUCCAUCACUCAACAAAAAACUGACAUCAAUCUAUCACUCAAUAAAAACCUGACAUAAAACUAUCAUUCUACCAAAACCUGACAUAUUUCCAUCACUCAACAAAAAUUUCACAUUAAAUCAGCACUCAACAAAAACCUGACAGCAUUCAGUCACCCAGCAAAAACCUCACAACAAAAGAUUGUUUUAUUAAUAUAUUAAAUUUUGUCUUUCAGUGAUCAAUUUUUUUUUAUUUGUUAAAAAUCUGAGGUUUUUGUUUUUCUCAGUAAAUGUUUUUUUCAUAAGGCAGCAAGAAAUCUCUAUGGAAUCACUGCACCAUUUCAAAAUAGUGUAUUGCCAUUUUCACAAAUACUAAAGGAGGAUAGUUUUACCAUGAUCACUCAAUAAGUGUUUUGUCAGAGAAGAAAUCCUUUCAAAUGCUAUGACUUUUUAUGUGAUUUGUGGCAGUUCAUGUUUUUAAUGUUCUCCUUUUGCUUUCUGCUCAUCGUUUAAAUAUAAUUAAUGUUUUUACCUGCUAACACUCAUAAUAUAACUCAUAUAAUUUCAGCUACUAAACAAUUAAAGAAAAGAUAAUGUUUAA